UUUGUAGGGAGGAGGAACCACCACACAACCACAGGCCAAUCCACCUCACGAAAUUUCCCAUUCUCUUAGUCCAUCCGAUAAUAACAACCACUCGUACGCCUCAUUCCUUUCCUCCCUCCCAUCUCUCUACUGUUGGGGCAAAAAAUCGACUCUUGCUUGUACUUGGAGGAGGAACCCCGCACUUCGCAGGAAUUUGGAAGUUUUUUACUGGCUUUGUUUCGGUGAAGUGAUUCUCGAAUGGUGGAGGAUAUAUGAGUGUUGGCAUGGCUUAUUUAGCUUCCCUGGCGAAUUUGGGAAGCUUGAAUAUGAUAUCUUUCGGUAAUUUUGAUGGUUCCGUUUGCUUCGUUAGGAAGGUUUCUUUCAACAGAAAUGGGGCUAAUUUUAGAAGGUUUUGGAGUGGGGAGAGAUGGAGGUACAUUAGUGUUUGUAAAUAUUCCGUAACAACUGAUUUUGUUGCCGAGCACGGGACUUCAGUGUCUCUUGAUUCUCCUUACGAAGGUGGUAAAGACAAUAAGAAUGAUGCAUUGCUAAAGCCAGCUCCCAAGCCAGUUUUGAAGUCAGAAUCGAGGGACAAUUCCCUUCCUGGCAUGUCUUGGGAUGAAUCAAAACUUGGUGUGGAGUCGAACAAUGAGAAGCCAGAUAGAAAAGAGGAGGAGAGAAGUCAAGUGAUUGAAUCACUUGAGGAGGUCUUGGAGAAGGCGGAGAAGCUAGAGACUAGAAAGACGGUGAAUGUUUCUGUAAACAAAGUGGCAGCUAAUGGAACUGUGGCCCAAAAGAAUGGAAAACCAGUUCAUUCUUUGGAUAAUUCGGCUCGUAAGUCUAAGACUGUGAGAAGCGUCUGGCGUAAGGGUAAUCCAGUGGGAACUGCACAAACUACAGUGAAGGAACCUGGAAGUAGGACGAAUGGAAGUGGGGGGGCUGCCUCUCCGCCAGCUGCUCCACCUUCGCCGCCUAAACCGCCUGAAAAAGUGCAACCUAAAUUACAAGCAAAACCCUCCGUAGCUCCUCCUGCUCCUAUAAGAAAACCAGUCAUUUUGAAGGAUGUAAAUGCUACUGAUUCAGGAACAAAGACUAAAGAACGCAAGCCAAUUUUGAUUGAUAAGUUUGCAUCAAAGAAACCAGCUGUUGAUCCUGUGAUUGCCCAAUCAGUUUUAGCUCCUCCAAAACCAGGGAAGGGUCCUACUCCAGGAAAAUUCAAGGAUGAGUUCCGAAAAAGGGGUGGUCCAUCCAGUGCACCUCGGAGGCGUCUGGUUAAUGAUGAUGAAGAUGCAAUUGCUGAUGAGGAUAUAUCCGAGCUUGAUGUUACUAUACCUGGCACUGCCACUGCUAGAAAAGGAAGAAAAUGGUCUAAAGCAAGCCGAAAGGCUGCUAGACUACAGGCUGCAAAAGAUGCUGCACCUGUUAAAAUGGAAAUCAUGGAAGUUGGUGAAGAUGGUAUGUUAACUGAGGAGUUGGCGUUCAACUUAGCCAUCAGUGAGGGUGAAAUUCUUGGGAAUUUGUACGCUAAGGGAAUUAAGCCCGAUGGCGUCCAAAAGCUGAGCAAAGACAUGGUGAAGAUGGUCUGUAAAGAGUAUGACGUGGAAGUCAUAGAUGCUGCUCCUCACAGGGUAGAGGAAAUGGCGAAAAAGAAGGAAAUUCUUGAUGAAGAUGAUUUGGACAAACUAGAAGAGAGACCUCCUGUGCUAACCAUAAUGGGCCAUGUUGACCAUGGGAAGACAACACUUCUGGAUUACAUACGGAAGAGUAAGGUGGCAGCAUCUGAAGCUGGUGGAAUUACACAAGGAAUAGGGGCGUACAAGGUUGAUAUAAAUCUGGAUGGCAAGCCACAAACCUGUGUGUUUCUUGAUACUCCUGGACAUGAGGCAUUUGGAGCAAUGAGAGCACGUGGGGCGAGAGUAACAGACAUUGCCGUCAUUGUAGUUGCAGCGGAUGAUGGGAUCAGGCCUCAAACAAAUGAGGCCAUUGCUCAUGCCAAAGCUGCAGGCGUGCCAAUUAUUGUAGCUAUUAAUAAGAUAGAUAAGGAUGGUGCUAAUCCAGACCGAGUAAUGCAAGAUCUUUCAUCAAUUGGUUUAAUGCCAGAAGAUUGGGGUGGCGAUGUCCCAAUGGUUAAGAUAAGUGCUAUUAAGGGGGAGAAUGUGGAUGAGUUGCUGGAAACCAUUAUGCUUGUUGCCGAGUUGCAAGAACUCAAGGCUAAUCCGCAAAGGAAUGCUAAAGGAACUGUAAUUGAAGCUGGUCUUGAUAAAUCAAGGGGGCCCGUAGCUACUUUUAUAGUGCAAAAUGGAACCCUGAAAAAAGGGGAUAUUGUGGUUUGUGGUGAAGCUUUUGGCAAGGUGCGGGCUUUGUUUGAUGAUAAAGGGAAGCAGGUUGAUAAUGUAGGGCCCUCCAUUCCAGUACAGGUCAUAGGAUUGAGUAAUGUUCCUUUAGCCGGUGAUGAGUUUGAGGUUGUUGGUUCACUUGAUGUUGCUCGAGAGAAGGCAGAAUCCCGGGCAGACUAUCUGAGAAAUGAGCGGAUUACUGAAAAAGCAGGGGAUGGGAAGGUUACUCUCUCUUCCUUUGCUUCUGCUGUUUCAGCAGGAAAGAGCGCUGGAUUAGAUCUGCACCAGCUUAAUAUCAUCCUCAAGGUUGAUGUUCAGGGAUCCAUUGAGGCUGUCCGGCAAGCGCUGCAGGUGCUUCCACAAGAUAAUAUCACUUUGAAGUUCCUACUCCAAGCAACUGGAGAUAUCAGCACCAGUGACAUUGACCUUGCAGUGGCAAGUAAAGCUAUUGUUUUUGGUUUUAAUGUCCGAGCACCGGGCUCAGUCAAAAGCUACGCAGAUAACAGAGGUGUUGAAGUUCGUCUGUAUAAAGUUAUAUAUGAGCUCAUUGAUGAUGUGCGAAAUGCAAUGGAGGGACUUCUGGACCCAGUUGAGGAUCAAGUGCAAAUUGGUUUAGCAGAGGUAAGGGCUGUAUUUAGUAGCGGAAGUGGUCGGGUUGCUGGAUGCAUGGUCACAGAGGGUAAAAUCGUCAAGGACUGUGGAAUUCGUGUUAUAAGAAAAGGCAAGAAAGUCCAUGUUGGGGAGCUUAGUUCCUUAAAAAGGGUCAAGGAGACGGUGAAUGAGGUAAAUGCUGGACUUGAGUGUGGAAUUGGCGUCGAGGGAUUUGACGAGUGGCAAGAAGGCGAUAGCAUUGAGGCCUUCAACAUGGUGCUAAAGAGAAGAACACUGGAAGAGGCGUCAGCUUCAAUGACCGAGGCACUCAAAGAAGCCGGAAUUCAAUUGUAAACAGUGUCAUUUCCGAGCGUGGUGAGUUUUGAAUGCCUCGACCAUAUCCAGAUAAGCGCCUUACUGGAUCGCCAUCCAAUUCAUGCUGGUAAAAACUGCGGGUGAUAUUGGUGCCUAUUUGUUUGUAAAUAGUUAUGGUACACGACAGGUUAGACUUGAGAGGCGAAUGGAUCUUUCAAAGGCAUAUAUAUAUAUAUAUAUAUAUAUAUAAUGAAAAGAAAAAAAAUAUGAAAGAUUCAAUGUCCUGACAUAUAUGAUAUAUAUGUAAAGUGAUACUUGACUGUUGUAACCAAUUUUCUCCAUGAAAUUGUUACACUCUUCUUUUGGUCGA